UAAAAGCCUCCAAGAAAUCACUAAUGUUUGUUUUAGGGCAACAUUGAUGGAGCAGAACAACCCUAGUUCAUCCAGAACUGACAGGAAGACUAUAGAGAAAAAUAGAAGAAAUCAUUUGAAGUCCCUCUACUCCAAGCUCCAUUCUCUUGUGCCUCAUCCACCCUCUAGGGAAGCAAUGCCGCUGCCGGAUCAACUAGAAGAAGCAGCAAACUAUAUCAAGAAGUUGGAAGAAGAAUUGGAGAAAAUGAAGGAGAAGAAAGAUAGCUUAAUGGGAGUUGAAAAGCCUAACAAUGCAACCACAACAAGUGUGGGGUUGAGAUCACCACAGAUUGAGAUCCAUGAAAAGGGUUCGGCUCUAGAGGUGGUUUUGAUAACUGGGUUGGAUUGUCAGUUCAUGUUCAAUGAGACGAUCCGUGUGCUUCAUGAGGAGGGAGCUGAGGUUGUUAAUGCCAACUUUUCUGUUGUUGAUGAUACAGUUUUCCACACAAUUCACUCCAAGGUUGGAGAGUCUUCUGGAAUGGAAUGUGGAGGAGCUUCGAGGAUAACUCAGAGGCUAAAGAAGUUUGUUUAUGAUGCUAGUUCUUUUUGAAAGUGUUACAAGGACUUAAAGUGGACUCGUGGCGUAGCAGUGACUCAAUUGCAUGGACCUCUAGGGCAUUUAUUUAAUAUGUUUUAGGUUGCUUUGUCGAGUUUUGUGCAUACAUUGUGGUUGGGUUUUAUUUAGAAUUAUUUUAUUUUGUGGGCGGUUU